AUGACAAUUUCAAGCAAAAAGUCCUCUAAAUCAAACAUUGACGAUGCGCAUGCAAAUCAAUCUUUGUUGUCAAAGGCUCUGACCCCGGAGUUUCAUUGGGGCGACAAGGAUGAAUUUUUGGAUGUGAUUUAUUGGAUGAGACAAAUACUGGGUGUUCUGCUAGGUCUUGUAUGGGGCGUUAUUCCCCUUAAAGGAUAUAUUGGUCUUGCUUUGUUUAUAUUAGUGAAUGUGGCAAUUGUGUACAUUUAUUACAAUAGUUUUCAAAAGAUUGAUGAAGAAGAAUAUGGUGGUGCCUCAGAAAUUCUUAAAGAAGGUCUUAUGACAUCAUUUUCAUCAUUUUUAGUUGCAUGGAUCAUUUUGUACUCUGCACUGCAUUCUGAAUCAGGUUCUUAG